AUGCCCGAGCGCAGAUCACGCAGCAGGAGCAGGAGCCCGCGGAGGGACGACUCCCGCGAAGAGCGACGACGCAAGAAGAGAACAGGAUGGGACGUUGGCGCGGAGGAGGGCGCCACGCCCGCCAUCCCUGGUCUCGCUGGCGCAGGUCUUGCUGGACUGAGCGUCACGCAGGCCCUCGCGCAGCAACAAAACAGUCUGAUGAUGCAGAACUUCCAAAACAAGGCGAUGUGCAGAAUCUACGUCGGCAGCUUGGACUACUACCUGACGGAACUGGAAAUCAAGAGUGUCUUCCAGGCCUUCGGAACGAUUGUCUCAGUUGACAUGCCGAAGGAGGGCGACCGCAGCAAGGGCUUUUGCUUCGUUGAAUAUGCUUCUCCGGAAGCUGCCGAGAUGGCGCUCUCGACGAUGCAGAACUUCGUCCUCAAAGGCCGAACAAUCAAGGUUGGGCGCCCGACGGCCGUUGGGACAGGCGGACAGCAGCUGCAGAGAUCGGCGAUGAUGAUGCCGACCAUGAGCCCGCUGGGAGGCAUGGCAGGAGGUCUUACGGGCCUCGGAACGGGCCUCUCCCCAGGCGCGACGAUGGUGAACAGCGCGCAAGCCGGGGCUGCGGCGGCGACGGCAAUUCUCGCUGGUCGAACAGGUGCAGCGGAUCCCUCCACCCUGGCGGGGCUUUUAUCUACGAGCCAAACGACUGCGCUCUCGCCCGAACAGCAGCAGAUGCAGCAGCAACUCCAGCAGCAGCAGAUGGCAAACAACCGCGUUUACAUCGGCAACGUGCCCUUUGGCUUCUCGUCGGAGGAUCUCAAGAAAAUUUUCGUCGUCUUCGGCCCCAUCCUCAGCUGCCAACUGCUGCCGUCCCAAGAAAACCCGCAACAGCACAGAGGCUAUGGCUUCAUCGAGUAUGCGACGGCAGAUGCGGCGAAGCUUGCGAUUGAGACCAUGAACGGCUUCGAAGUCGCCGGCAAGCAGCUGAAGGUCAACUUCGCCACUGCCAUGCGCAACAACACGCCGUUGCCCUCGCUGGCUUCGGCUCUCCUUCCAGGCAUGUCCGCAGGGCUGCCUGGCGCCUCGCCGGUGGGGGCCGCGGGUCUCGUCCCGAGUCUCUCCGCCGCCGGAGCCUUGGGCGCGGCUGCGGUCGGAGGCCUCGCAUCGCCUGCCGUCUCGGGUGCGACGCCUUCGGCGCCCGGGGGAGGCGCGGCGGCCGCUGUCGCCCCCACGGCUGGGGGUGUGUCUGCAGUGCAGCCGCCCGGGCUCGGCGGCUCGCAGGACAGCGCGACAGUCAACGGGACGAGCAAGGACACAGAUCGACAGGAGAGUUCGUAUGACAGCGGGAAAGACAGGCGAGGCGAGUUGAGAGAUGACGACGAAGUCCCUCUCCCUCCUGCGCCGACCAACAUCCAGAGCCCGGUCGUGCUUCUCACCAACAUGGUUAGCCCCAGCGAAGUUGACGGCGAAUUGAAGGACGAGGUUCGCGAUGAGUGCUCCAAGUUCGGCAGCAUCAAGCGCGUGGAAGUCCACCCGGUCAAGGAUACCGUUCGCAUUUUUGUUGAGUUUUCCGAUCUCUCUGGCGCGCGCGAGGCGAUUCCUUCGCUCCAUGGGCGCUGGUUCGGGGGCCGGCAGAUCGUCGCCAACACCUACGACGAGGAGUUGUUCCACCAAGGCGAGUACGAGGCCUAA